CAAGUUUUAUCGCCAAAUAUAGCGUGAUUCAAGAUUAAAAGGUACUAAUAACAAGCCCAGACAUAGUGAUGGACUUGAUGAAACUAUUGGACGACAUUCCAAAUACACAAUCGAAAAGUAUGGAAUCAAUACAGACAAGUAGUUUUAUAAUUAAGAAGAGGAAACUAUCUAGUGAUGAUCCAUUUAAUGAGAAACAUAGUCGUGAUAUUACUAUAGAUAGACAUAGAAUUUUGGGGAAAUCACCAUUUGAGAAGGAACUUACCAAUUCACCUUAUAUACGGAAUCAAAAUUUAGCUCGAGCUUCAAAUCUUAGUGGUAGUAAUUAUGGUAUAGAUAAUAGUAAUAGUGUUGUAUCUAGUGAUCCAGAAUUUAAAGCAGCAAAUAGAACAACCAUAGUAGAUUCUGAUCAUACCAAUACUAAUACUAAUACCAAUACCAAUACCAAUACCAAUACCAAUAUUAAACAAGAUAAUAAUCAUUCCACAAGAAUAAUAGAAGAAGUAGAAGUUCCAGUUAAUUAUGAAGAUGAUGAAGUACCACUAGAAACAUUAGAAGAAAUGCAUAAAUUAGAAAAGAAUUUUCCUAUAUUAUCAACAGAAUUCAGAUUAAUAGAUAAAAUUGGAGAAGGAACAUUUUCUUCAGUGUAUAGAGCAGAAGUAUUAAGUGGUCAUAUAAAAUUAGGGUCAGAUAUGUGGAAAUCUCCUCCAUUGAAAAAGUCUAAAAAGGUUUUAUUACCUUCAAAAAAGAAGAAUCCUAUAGUUGCAUUAAAACAAAUUUAUGUUACUUCAUCACCCAAUAGAAUUCAUAAUGAAUUAAGUUUAUUAUAUGAAUUAACUGGAAAUACUCAUGUUGCACCAUUAUUAGAUGUUUUAAGAUAUCAAGAUCAAGUAUUAGCAAUUUUACCAUAUUAUCAACAUGCAGAUUUUCGAGAUUUUUAUAGAGAUUUACCAAUAAAGGGGAUUAAAAAAUAUUUAAAAGAACUUUUUGAAGCAUUAAAUUAUGUUCAUGAUAAAGAUAUAAUUCAUCGAGAUUUAAAACCAACUAAUUUUUUAUAUGAUCCAUUUAAAGGUAAGGGAGUACUUGUUGAUUUUGGAUUAGCAGAAAAAUUAAAUAUUCAUAAUAAAGUAAAUAAUCAUUGUCCAUGUCUUAAUAAGGAUAAAUUAAUAAUUAAUAAGAAUCAUUCAAAAAGAUUAAAUAUUAAAGCUGCUUAUCCUAAAUCCGAUAAUAGAGCUCCAAGAAGAGCUAAUAGAGCAGGAACAAGAGGAUUUAGAGCUCCUGAAGUAUUAUUAAAAUGUACAAAUCAAACAACAAAAAUAGAUAUUUGGUCAGCUGGAGUUAUUGGAUUUUCAUUAUUAUCAAGAAAAUUCCCCUUAUUUAAUUCACCUGAUGAUACUGAUGCAUUAUUAGAAUUAGCUAUAGUAUUUGGAUUAGAUAAAUUACAAAAAUGUGCAGAAUUACAUGGAUGUGGAUUAGAAAUUAAUUUAACAAAUGGAAAUAUAACUAAUGGGAAUUUAAUUCAACUUUUACAUGAUAUGUUAAUUUAUGAAGUUAAUAAUGAAUGUUUCCCAAUUGAUAGUGUUGUAUAUGAUACUAUUAAAUUAUUUAAUUCUCAAGGUGAUUCAUUUGUUAAACCAAUUGCUGAUAAUAAUAUUGAUUCAGAAGAAUAUAAAAGGAAUCUUGAAGAUUAUAGAGAUCAUAAACAAAUGAUGGAAGUAUUAAGUGGAUGUUUUAAGAUGGAUCCUUCAAAAAGAUUAUCUGCUAGAUCAUUAUUGAAAUUACCCUUCUUUCAAGAACUUUCUACAACUCAAGAUGAAGUGGUUCUUCUCUGAUUUAAUCUAAUUUAAUUUAAUUUAUCUAAUCUAAUCUAAUCUAAUCUAAUCUAAUCUAAUCUAAUCUAAUC